AAAGUUAGGGGUUUUCUCUAUUUUUACACACAAAAUCCUAAAACCCUGCACAAAAUCCAUGACACGAUUUUCUCUUUCUCGCUUUUUAUUACUUCCAAUCCAUGCUCAGAAAUCCAAAAUCUUAACUUUGCACUUCACUACUACUGCUAGAUCAGCUGAUAAGUUCUACCUUCACUUGCAAAACAACCCUAACAACAUUGAGAAAACCCUACCCACUGUCAAGGCGAAAUUGGACCCCACUUGUGUGAAUGACGUGUUACGAAGGUGUUUUCCCCGUCAAUCUCAAUUAGGUAUUCGUUUCUUCAUAUGGGCUGGUCUUCAAUCUAGUUAUAGUCACAGUUCGUUCAUGUAUGAAAAAGCUUGUAAAUUGCUAAAAAUUAAGCAGAACUCUAGAAUUAUUAUUGAUGUUAUUGAAGCUUAUAAGAAAGAAGAGUGUGUUGUCAGCGUGAAGACGAUGAAAGUGCUUUUAAAUUUAUGUAAAAAAGCUAGGCUUGCUAACGAGGCUUUGUGGGUAUUGAGGAAAGUGCCUGAAUUCAAUUUAAGAGCUGAUACUGUGAUGUAUAAUAUAGUUAUCAGGUUGUUUUGUGAAAAGGGUGAUAUGGUUAUGGCUGAUAACUUGAUGAAAGAGAUGGGUUUGAUUGAUCUUUACCCCGAUAUGAUCACAAAUGUGUCAAUGAUUAAAGGGUUUUGCAAUGUAGGUAGGUUAGAGGAUGCUUGUGCGUUGCUUAAGGCCAUGAGAGGACAUGGUUGUCCUCCCAAUACAGUUGCAUAUUCAACUCUUCUUGAUGGAAUUUUUAAGUUAGGCAGAAUGCAGAAGGCAUUGGAAUUGUUAGGGGAAAUGGAGAAAGAAGGUGGGAAUUGGAGUCCUAAUGUUAUCACUUAUACAUCUGUCAUUCAGAGAUUUUGCGAAAAGGGUAUGGUAAUGGAGGGAUUGAGGGUUUUGGAUAGAAUGGAAGCUUAUGGUUGUGCUCCUAGUCGUGUCACAAUAAAUCCUUUGAUUAUGGGUCUUUGCCUUGACGGCAAUAUAGAGGAAGCAUAUAAGUUCAUUGAUAAAGUUGUUGCAGGGGGUAGUGUUUCGUAUGGAGAUUGCUACAGUUCUCUAGUGUUUGCACUGGUUAGGAUUAAAAGACUUAAUGAAGCUGAUAAGCUCUUUAGGAAGAUGUUAGCUAGUGGUAUGAAACCUGAUGGUUUGGUAUGUAGUGUUAUGAUUAAAGAACUUUGUUUAAAGGGACAAGUAGUGGAUGGUUUCUACUUAUACGAGGAAAUUGAGAAGCUUGGAUGCUUAUCUACAAUUGACUCUGACAUUCAUUCUAUCCUCUUAGAUGGGCUUUGUCAAGAAAGCCAUUCGUUGGAAGCUUCAAAGCUUGCAAGAUUUAUGCUGGAAAAAAGAAUUCGGCUGCAAGCUCCAUAUGUUGAUAAAAUACUCAAACACUUGAAGAAAUCUGGAGACAAGGAUCUAAUUACACAUCUCACUAGGAUUGGAGGGGGGUGUUAUGCAAACAAAAAAAAUUGUUAGCGUUGGGGGGCUCCUCUUUGCUGUCUGAGAACAGGGUUGUGAUAGUUAAGUCUGAAACUUUUGAAUUAAGAACUUACUCAGUUUUAGUCUGUAGAGUUUCGUGGACUACUAAGUCACUUCCAGAUUAGCAUUAAAAAUGUGUAACUUGGAGCAGAAGUGAAAUAGUGUUGCCAUUCCAAUCUGAAUAUAAAUUGGCCUAAAACUCAUGAUCCAGGUCUAAAUGAGAUUCCUACCCGGGCAUGUCUUUCAGUUUGGAGCCUGCUUUGAGGCAGACUUCUGAAUAUUGUCCCAAUAGCUGGCCAAGAUUCUUUAAGGAUGUGUCACAUGAAUGCAGUUGUUGGUAAAAUCUUCCAUUUGAGUUUCAUCUUGUAUUCAAGCUUGUAUAGUGUCAAAUUAGAUGAUCGAUGAACACACUUGACUAUGAACAAAUGUAGCAACGACAUCGCUAUCUUGGUUCACAAUUUUGGAUGAUUGAUGAGACUGAUGAACAUACUUGACCAUAAACAAAUGUAGUAACAGCAACGUCGAACUUGGUUCAAAUUUUUUACUUGAGUUGCUCAAGCAAUUUAUUCAUCAGCCAGUAUGUUUCAAGUUGAAUUUUGUCUUGUAAACACAGUUGUUCUGGGGGUUUAGUUUUAGAUCUUCAUAACAUAUUUAGUCAACUACAGCUGGAUAAAUUUUUAUCUGUAU